ACACCCUGUGGCAUGUUUACCGAGUGGAGAGUUUGCUCCGACUUGCAGAGAGCGCAUGUGGACUGUGAUGCUGUCCGGGACCGAGCAGACAAUGAAGAGGAGCGACAGAGCUGGUCUCCGUUUCUUUCUCUGAUAAGUAAGAUGAGAGCCUUUGUGUUGAACCUGAUGAGUUCAGGAGGAUUUCUGAAGGGAACAUUAACAGUUUACACAGAAGAGAUGUCCACAACUGCAAGUCCAACCAUCCCCUCCUCACAGCUGACAUCGGAUCAACUCACAGUGGUCGCUGCAUCCUUUUCUUCUCUGGUGUUGUUUGUGGUUAUUGUGGUGCUGUUGUCCAUUAUUUACCGCAAGGAUCUUCAGUGCUGCAAACUCCGCUCCUAUCAGGGGCCACAUGGAGAUAUGGACGCUCCUCCUCAGUACUACAGCAGCAGACAAACACUGGUGGGAUCUCCUUGUCAAGAGCAGACUCAGAGCAUGGAUGACACUCAGGAGGCAGGUCAGCUGUUCUACGUCGGCUUGCCCUCGAGCUACAGCCUGCCAACUCUGGAGGCCCCCCUGCCGAGGCUCCCCUCCUACGAAAGCGUCCGAAAGAAGGACCGCCAGAGGCAGAUCCACAUGAUGAUCGCAGACCGCUUCGGCCUCAAUGGACCCAUUGUGACAGAGCCUCCUCCAACAUAUGAAGAGAGUACCCGGCAGUCUGUGGAGCUGCCGUACAACAUCCUCUCAUCCAGUCUAGACGUCUCCUUUCCUCAGAGUAUCUUCACCAACACAGACACACCUCAUCCACUCAACUCUGAUAGCAGCGCUGUUCUACCUGUGUGAUUACUGCUUCUCAAGCUGCCUCAUGAAUGUGAAAGGACGUUUGAUUUAUAUACAGAUGAAGUUACCAAAAGAAGAAGAAGUUUGGAUCACAACCGGAUCCUUCACACGAUCGGAUUCAGAUACUUCAAGACUGAGUUUAUGUUGAGAGACAGCUGAUGAAAGAGCAACUAAAGAGGAGCUUCGGGGAAAGGACGUUUGAAUGUUCAAAACACAUUACUGAGGUGGCUGGUACACCUUGAAGAAGAAAGUUGUGGACUACAACAAACCAAAAAAAGGAACCACUAUUUACUUUGUUGAUUAUACUGUUAGUGAACACAUGUUUACUCUUUCAUUGUGCUGUUCCUGAGCCAGAGACCUCCUUUGGUUUGUAAGGGUAUCAGAAACCUGUUUGUUUCUGCACCCAGCUGAGGCCGUAUCAUACUGCCAUACACAAUGUGAUUCUGCAUGUGAGAGGGAGAAUUAAAAAAAAGAAAAGGUGCUAAUGAGAGUGCCUUCCAUGCAGUUAUAAUAAGACAUAUAUCACAACAAAUGUUGUUGUUUUUUUCACCAUGCGGUAAGGCAGAUGGGGCUCUUGAUUUGUCACUUCCAGAAACAUGGAUUCAUUGGUUUUAAUCUCCAAACGGCUUCAACGAGCAGAGUGAAGCGGAGUGAAUGUGAAAACAAACAUACUUGUCCAGACCUGUUUUGUUUUUCUUUAUCACACAAAGUUAUUCUCUGCAACCUCAACCUGCCAUGUACAUGUGCCAAAUGUUUGUCCCGCAUAUUGUCAUGUACUGUAUUUAUUGAAGAAAAAAGAAUGACUUCUCAUUAUUUCUGAAAACAAAUGUAAUAAAUACUUUUAUUUUUUUGUU